AUGGUUGCCUUCACUGUUGACCAAAUGCGUGGUCUUAUGGACCACGUUACCAAUGUGCGUAACAUGUCCGUCAUUGCCCACGUCGAUCACGGUAAGUCUACUUUGACUGAUUCUUUGGUCCAGAAAGCCGGUAUUAUCUCCGCCGCUAAAGCUGGUGAGGCCCGUUUCAUGGACACCAGAAAGGAUGAGCAAGAAAGAGGUAUCACCAUCAAGUCCACUGCCAUCUCUCUGUUCACUGAAAUGAGUGACGAGGAUGUCAAGGACAUCAAGCAGAAGUCCGAGGGUAAUUCCUUCUUGAUCAACUUGAUCGACUCGCCAGGUCACGUCGACUUCUCCUCCGAAGUCACCGCCGCUCUGAGAGUCACUGACGGUGCUCUAGUUGUCGUCGACACCGUCGAAGGUGUCUGUGUGCAAACUGAAACCGUGUUGAGACAAGCUCUUGGUGAAAGAAUCAAGCCAGUCGUUUGUGUCAACAAAGUCGACAGAGCUCUUUUGGAAUUGCAAGUCUCCAAGGAGGACUUGUACCAAACUUUCUCCAGAACCGUCGAAUCCAUUAACGUCAUCAUCUCCACUUACGCUGACGAAGUCUUGGGUGACGUUCAAGUCUACCCAUCUCAAGGUACCGUUGCCUUCGGUUCCGGUUUGCACGGGUGGGCCUUCACCAUCCGUCAAUUUGCCAACAGAUACGCCAAGAAAUUCGGUGUUGACAAGAGCAAGAUGAUGGAAAGAUUGUGGGGGGACUCCUUCUUCAACCCAAAGACCAAGAAGUGGACCAACAAGGAAACCGACACUGACGGUAAGCCUUUGGAGAGAGCCUUCAACAUGUUCGUCUUGGACCCUAUCUUCAGACUGUUCGCUGCUAUCAUGAACUUCAAGAAGGACGAAAUCCCAGUCUUGCUAGAAAAGUUGGAGAUCAACUUGAAGGCCGACGAAAAGGACUUGGAAGGUAAGGCCUUGUUGAAGGUCGUCAUGAGAAAGUUCUUGCCAGCUGCCGACGCUCUAUUGGAAAUGAUCGUCAUGCACUUGCCAUCUCCAGUCACCGCCCAAGCCUACAGAGCUGAGCAAUUGUACGAGGGUCCAGCCGACGAUGCCAACUGUAUCGCCAUCAAGAAGUGUGACCCAACCGCCGACUUGAUGUUGUAUGUCUCCAAGAUGGUGCCAACCUCCGAUAAGGGUAGAUUCUACGCCUUCGGUAGAGUUUUCGCCGGUACCGUCAAGUCCGGUCAAAAAGUCAGAAUCCAAGGUCCAAACUACGUCCCAGGUAGAAAGGAGGACUUGUUCGUCAAGGCCGUCCAAAGAGUCGUCAUGAUGAUGGGUUCCAAGACUGAACCAAUCGACGACUGUCCAGCCGGUAACAUUAUCGGUUUGGUCGGUAUCGAUCAAUUCUUGUUGAAGACUGGUACUUUGACCACUUCCGAGACUGCUCACAACAUGAAGGUCAUGAAGUUCUCCGUCUCCCCAGUUGUCCAAGUCGCUGUUGAGGUCAAGAACGCCAACGACUUGCCAAAGUUGGUCGAAGGUUUGAAGAGAUUGUCCAAGUCUGACCCUUGUGUCUUGACUUACAUGUCUGAAUCUGGUGAACACAUUGUCGCUGGUACCGGUGAAUUGCAUUUGGAAAUUUGUCUGUCCGAUUUGGAAAACGACCACGCUGGUGUUCCUCUAAGAAUCUCCCCUCCAGUCGUCGCCUACAGAGAAACCGUCGAGGCCGAAUCCUCCCAGACCGCCCUAUCGAAGUCUCCAAACAAGCAUAACAGAAUCUACUUGAAGGCCGAGCCAAUGGAAGAGGAAGUCUCCCUAGCCAUUGAAAACGGUAAGAUCAACCCAAGAGACGAUUUCAAGGCCAGAGCUAGAGUCAUGGCCGAUGACUACAACUGGGAUGUCACCGACGCCAGAAAGAUCUGGUGUUUCGGUCCAGACGGUAACGGUCCAAACCUGGUCGUCGACCAGACCAAGGCUGUCCAAUACUUGCACGAAAUCAAGGACUCCGUCGUUGCCGCCUUCCAAUGGGCUACCAAGGAAGGUCCAAUCUUUGGUGAACAAAUGAGAUCCGUCAGAGUCAACAUCUUGGAUGUCACCCUACACGCCGAUGCCAUCCACAGAGGUGGUGGUCAAAUCAUCCCAACCAUGAGAAGAGCCACUUACGCCGGUUUCUUGUUGGCUGAACCAAGAAUCCAAGAACCCGUCUUCUUGGUCGAAAUUCAAUGCCCAGAACAAGCCGUCGGUGGUAUUUACUCCGUUUUGAACAAGAAGAGAGGUCAAGUCGUCUCCGAAGAACAGAGACCAGGUACCCCAUUGUUCACUGUCAAGGCCUACUUGCCAGUCAACGAAUCCUUCGGUUUUACCGGUGAAUUGAGACAAGCCACUGGUGGUCAAGCUUUCCCACAGAUGGUGUUCGACCACUGGGCCACUAUUUCUUCUGACCCAUUGGACCCAACCACCAAGGCUGGUGAGAUUGUCCUAGCUGCCCGUAAGAGACACGGUAUGAAGGAGGAAGUCCCAGGCUGGCAAGAAUACUACGACAAGUUGUAA